AUGUCUGAAAAGUCUAUCAUCCUGAUUACAGGCGCCAACAGUGGUGUCGGGUUCGCCGCGGCUGCUGCUCUCCUUGCAGAAUCACCUUCUCAUCAUGUGAUCGUAGCUGCGAGAUCAGCUGAGAGAGGGCACGCCGCAGCGAGAGAGCUCCAGUCCCGGAAUCUACCGGGAACACUGUCUUUGCUUCAGCUCGACGUGACGAGUGCUAGGUCCAUUGCUUCGGCAGUUGCAACUGUCGAAGGAGAGUUCGGCAAACUGGACGCCCUUAUCAACAACGCCGGUCUUAUGUCCAAGCUCGACAGCCUCGAGGAACAGCUGCGCGAGACGUUCGAGUUGAACACCUUCGCCCCCGCACUGGUGACACAGGCUUUUGUCCCGCUUCUUAAGCUGUCUACAAACCCGCGCCUCAUCCAUAUCUCCAGCGACUUAGGUUCCAUUGCACUUAAGUCUGACCCGAGCUUCAAGUAUCGCAUGAUGGACCAUAUGGCCUACCGUAUGAGCAAAGCUGCGUUGAACAUGAUGACUGCCUGCCACGCUACGCAAUUCCAAGACUGGGGCUGCAAGGUGUGGAGUUACUGUCCGGGUUUCGUGGUCACAAAUGCGUGGAAGGACGGCGAAGCAGGCAGAGAAGCUAUGAAAAAGGCGGGGGCCGGAGAUGUCGGAGACAGCGCCAAAGGUGAUCCGAGUGGCUGGCCCACCCCGCGAUGGACACGUGUAAGCUCCGAAUUGGUAAUGAAGCGGCUUGGUAUCCAGACUGCAAUCCUGUCUGUGACAGCUCCCGGUGCUUGCAUCAUCGAGGGCCAAGCAUCCUUCGAUCUCGCCCGCUCGCUUAAUGAAUACGCCGCUGAAAUACGCAACAAACACCCCGACAAAUUCGGCUUCUUCGCAUCUCUGCCCAGCCUGCUGGACACCGAGGCUGUCUUAUCCGAGAUCAGAUAUUCACUCGACACGCUGAACGCCGACGGCAUCAUCCUCUUUACCCGCUACGGCUCUUCCAACACGUACCUGGGCCACCCAUCAUUAGAGCCAAUCUGGACGGAGCUCAACCGGCGCAAAAGCGUAGUCUUCAUCCACCCAACGCAUCCCGCCGACACCACGAAAGUCAACCCGCGCAUGCCGCAGCCCAUGAUCGACUACCCUCACGAGACGACGCGGACAGCCAUGGACAUGAUCAUGAACGGCACCCGCGAGAAGUUCCCGGACUGCAAGGUCAUCCUGUCGCACGCCGGCGGCACGCUGCCGUACGUGGUCAGCAGGAUUGCAACGCCACUCAAGGCGGCGCCGAGCCUGCUGGCAAACGAACUCACCGGCGUGACGUACGAGAAAAUCAUGAAGGCGUUCCGCAGCUUCCACUACGACCUCGCGCUGUCCGCGAGCCCGGCUGUGAUGAAUAUGCUGUUGGAAUUGGUGCCGCAUGACCAUAUUCUCUACGGGAGUGACUUUCCUUACGCCCCGCCGCCAGCGUAUCCGAGCUUUCUGCAAGAGCUUGAAGGUUUCGAGAUGGAUUGGGAGCUGCGGGACAGGAUCAAUUAUGGCAACGCGCACAAAUUGUUCCCACGACUUGGAUUGGCAACCCUUUAUUAG